AUGGCGUGGAAUUCAAGAUUCCUGAUCUUCCUUGCCUUUUUGUAUCUCAUGAACUUCGCUAUUGCUAAAAAGCAAUGCAAGACAGAAGUUAGCAUACCUGGUACGGCUCUCAAAGGACAUGUCUUUAAGAAGGUCCCAGUAACAGCUCCUCAUGUGUGCGAUAUCACCUGCGAGAGGGAAAAGAUAUGUCAAAGCUACAAUUAUGUAAUUGGGGAAAAGUCCUGUGAAUUAAACACCCGAACCAAGGAAGCAAGGCCCGAGAAUUUCCAGCCAGAUGAUUUACGCUUUUACAUGGGACGCGUUAGUGGUAGAACCCCCUUAGGAUCUAUUCCUGAAUUACCAGCGUUAUCUUGCCAAGAGAUAAAAUUAAGUGAAGGUGAAGACAGUAUCAGUAAAAAGUACUGGUUGGAUCCAGCUAAUGUCGAGAGUUCAAAGUUGGUUUAUUGUGACAUGAUUUUGGGAGACAUCGAUGAAUGCAAAGGCAGCAAUAAAGUUUGUGACGAAAAUGCAAACUGCUCCAAUACUGUUGGGUUUUAUAAUUGCACCUGCAAUGAAGGAUUUACUGGGGAUGGACAUUCGUGCUCAGCUGAUCCUUGCUAUCAUUAUGAAAACCUGAGUGAAGCCGAUAGAAAGAUAAAUUACAGUACACCUCACGGUUCAGAGUUAUGUGACAGAAAACUCCUCGAGGGAUGGUAUCGUUUUGUGGGAGCUGCAGGAACAAAAAUGCCAACAACGCGCGUGCCAGCAAACAGUUGUGGUACAAGCCGGUCAGGCUGGUUGAAAGGUGCUCAUCCUACAGUGGAAGAUGGUGAAGUUCAAAGGACGGUCUGCUUUAGUGAUCGCUCUACUGGUUGCCAACAGUCAAUAAAUAUUUUUGUAAAAAACUGUGGAUCUUACUUCAUCUACAAACUUUUCCCACCUCGUAGUUUUUUCUCACGCUACUGUGGUACAGACUGA